UGCAAUUGUGUUUGUUGGUUUUAUAUGUUAAAGAAUACCGAGAAAAGAAAUAUCCAAGUCGGAGUUGGUGAAUAAGGCCCAUUAAUCUGGAACGUCCCUUAUAUGGGGAUUAUGAACACCUUUUUCAGAGACUAAAAUACAAUGAUGCAGAUUUAUUUUUUCCGGUAUACUAGAAUGAAUAAAGAAACUUUCAAGCUUCUAUUAAAAAAGACAAAGCCGUAUUUAACAAAAUCAAGUAAAAGAGCAUUUAGUCCAGAGCAUCGAUUGAUCAUAACUCUAAGGUUUUUAGCAACUGGAGAUCAAAUACUAUCACUAGCUCUGGCUUUCAGAUGUGGAGAGUCGACGAUUCGAAAAGUCAUACAAGAAACAUGUCAAGUUAUAACUCAAGUAUUGCAGCCAUCUUACCUUUGCUUACCAACAAAAGAAGAAUGGAAAAAUAUUUGCAGCGGUUUCUUGGAAAGAUUAUGCAGAGCCAGGCGUACUAUUGAAAAUACCUUUGAAAUUUUGUCUUCAAGAUGGAGGAUCUACCGAAAACCAAUUAAUACGCAUCCGAAAUAUGUAGACAAAAUUAUCAUGGCGAUCAGGAUGCUGAAGGAAACAAUCUCUGGGGAGUGGUGACAAAUGGUGAAAACGCAUUUUAAGGACAUAUCUCCCACUUCCAAACAUCAUGCGACUACAAUUGCAUAUAAGCAACGAGACAAAUUGGCUGACUAUUUUCUGAUACAACCUGGGGGAAGUUCUCUGGCAAUACGAGCAUAUAAGAAGAGGUACAUUGCGAUGACCCAAUGCAAAAUAUGUUUCUAAAUUCACUCUGCAUAUUAAAAUUAACGUGUUAUACACUUUUGAAUAUUAUAAAAUCUUGCCACCAGAAGCUUAUGUCAAUGUUGUAUCAUAGUAGUCACGUUUACGAGAGAUGAAUU